GGCCAGAGGAGGAGUUCGCACGUCUCCAUGUUAUCGGAGAGCAAUCCAGAAGCCCUCCAAAAAUAAAAAUAAAAUACUAGGCGAUGGCGAUGGCGAUCAAGGACGUGGCGGCGGACGACGAUAUCGAUGCAUCUCUUCCGCUACUGAAUUCUCCUUCUUCCGGGGACAGAACGUCGGCUAUUCAGACGCUCGGAAACAUUAUAGUCUCUAUCGUCGGUACAGGCGUCCUUGGCCUCCCUUACGCAUUUCGCGUCGCUGGAUGGUUCGCUGGCUCUCUCGGCGUCAUUAUCAUCGGUUUCGCAACAUAUUACUCCAUGCUCCUCCUCAUUCAGUGCAGAGAUAAGCUAGAAUCAGAAGAAGGACAAGAAGAUUCAAAAACGUAUGGUGACUUAGGAUUCAAAUGCAUGGGAACAAAAGGUCGAUACCUGACCGAGUUCCUCAUAUUCACUGCUCAAUGCGGUGGAUCAGUAGCGUAUCUAGUGUUCAUAGGACGUAACCUCUCAUCCAUAUUCAGCUCAUAUGGAUUAACCAUGGUCUCUUUCAUCUUGAUUCUGGUUCCAAUCGAGGUUGCGUUAUCAUGGAUCACUUCUUUAUCAGCUCUCUCGCCUUUCAGCAUCUUUGCCGAUAUAUGCAACAUCAUAGCCAUGUGUUUCGUCGUGAAAGAAAACGUGGAGAUGGUGGUUGGUGGAGACUUCUCGUUUAGUGACAGAACAGCUAUUGCGUCUACCGUUGGUGGUUUACCGUUCGCAGGAGGAGUUGCUGUGUUUUGUUUUGAAGGUUUUGCAAUGACGCUGGCUCUUGAAGGGUCUAUGAGGGAGAGAGAAUCUUUCCCUAAGUUGUUAGGUAAAGUGCUUGCUGGGAUUACGUUUGUCUACGUGUUGUUUGGGUUUUGUGGUUAUAUGGCUUAUGGAGAUGAAACUAAGGAUAUCAUCACGCUUAACCUCCCAAAUAAUUGGUCUGCCAUCGCUGUGCAGAUUGGCUUAUGUGUGGGAUUGACGUUUACAUUCCCGAUCAUGGUACAUCCGCUUAACGAGAUCAUAGAGCAGAAACUGAAAAGGAUCGAGUGCCUUCAAAAGCAUCGUCGUCAUCAUCAUCAUCACGAGACAAGUUCAGUCUCCAAAUAUGUAAUCUUCACCACGAGGAUGCUUUUGGUGGUAGGACUCGCAGGAAUCGCGUCCCUAGUCCCGGGGUUUGGUACAUUUGCAUCUCUGGUUGGAAGUACAGUGUGUGCACUCAUUUCAUUUGUGUUACCUGCUUCCUAUCACCUUACGCUGCUCGGUCCAUCGCUAAAUCUAUGGAACAAAUCUGUUGAUGUGUUCAUCGUGAUUUGCGGGUUGCUCUUUGCUGUCUAUGGUACAUACAACACCGUCGCUGGAUUGUAAAAAAA